UUCCCCCGUCCUAGGGAACAGCACGCCAAAGCGUAAGCUGUCGGCCAGUAAGCCCAACCACAGAUAUCCCGACUCUUGGUAUCUAUCUAUCUGUGUGGCGCCUGGGUGAGGGGACCUUUCCUUUGCUGCGAAAGCGUUCUUCGUAUCUGGACACUAAAGAGGCAAAAAUGAUUAUUGUCUUUGAGACUAGUCUACCUAACCUAGUGAGAAUGUGAUCAUCCCAUAGACAGCCCUCGUUUUCAAUUAUUUAUACCGACCCAUCUGCCUCUCCCUCGUCAUUCACUCAGACUAAAUAGUCUGUCUGCAUUGAACGCUAGACAGUACAUUCCUAGUCUCCAUCUUGUAUCAAUCUACUCACCUCACUCCUUUUCACUUAUCCUACCCCUUCAUGUCACAUUUAUCUUCGCUUCAUUAACGACUACACAAUCAUGGAGAAAGAUUCUAUUGAACCUAAGGCGGAGCCUAUGGUGUCCGACCCUCCCCCAAUCUAUGGUGAAACAGAGACUACCAAAGGAAGCAUGAGUCAGCGGAUAUGGGACAGCUUCAAGAGGGACCCUAACGCGCAUGUUACGGCGCACACCUCUGGAUCGAAUGGCGGGACAUUUGACCUCGAACAGGCUGCGCAGAAGACCGCAAACUCUCCUCUGCAACGCAGUCUGAAGAACCGUCAUCUGCAGAUGAUUGCCAUUGGUGGUUCCAUUGGUACUGGUCUCUUCGUCGGUUCUGGAAAGGUUUUGUCCACCGGUGGUCCGGCAUCUGUGCUGAUUGCUUAUGCCUUGAUCGGUUGCAUGCUUUACUGCACUGUGCAUGCGCUGGGUGAAAUGGCCGUGCUGUUUCCCGUCGCUGGUUCUUUCGCGCACUACUCAACCCGUUUUAUCGAUCCUGCUUGGGGUUUCGCUAUGGGUUGGAACUAUGCUCUCCAAUGGCUGAUCGUCUUGCCCCUGGAAAUUGUCGCUGCGUCUAUCACAGUUGAUUACUGGGAGUCGAGCAUCUCGAAUGCCGCUUGGGUCGCCAUAUUCUGGGCUGUCAUCGUGGCAAUCAACCUGUUCGGUGUCAAGGGUUAUGGUGAAGCCGAAUUUGUCUUCUCGCUCGUCAAGGUCAUCGCGGUUAUUGGUUUCAUUAUACUUGGUAUUAUUCUGAACUGCGGUGGAGGCCCAAGGUACUGGCACUCGCCGGGUGCCUUCCACAAUGGUUUCAAAGGUCUCUGCAGCGUCUUCGUCAACGCUGCAUUUGCGUUCGCUGGUACUGAGUUGGUCGGUCUCGCUGCGGCUGAGACUGCGAAUCCUCGCAAGUCCCUUCCAACUGCCGUCAAGCAGGUUUUCUGGCGUAUCUGUCUGUUCUACAUCGUCUCACUCACUCUGGUUGGCCUGCUCGUUCCGUACGACGACAAGCGGCUCUUGGGCGAGUCGAGCGCGGAUGCCAAAGCCUCCCCGUUCGUCAUUGCGAUCAAGAAUGCCGGAAUUUCGGGUCUUGACUCCGUUAUGAACGUCGUCAUCAUGAUUGCUGUCUUGUCCGUUGGUAACUCCUCGGUUUACGGCUCCUCGCGUACCCUCGCGGCUCUGGCCGAGCAGAGGCAAGCACCUCAGUUCCUCGCGUACAUCGAUCGUAAGGGACGUCCUCUUUUUGCCAUUCUUGUCGCAUCGGCCCUGGGCUUGCUCGGAUUCCUCGCCGCAUCUAGCAAGCAGGGUGAUGCGUUCACGUGGAUGAUGGCUAUCUCGGGUCUUUCGUCCAUCUUCACCUGGGGCUCCGUUUGUUUCGCCCACAUCCGCUUCCGUAAAGCCUGGAAGGUGCAGGGCCACAGCUUGAACGAGCUCGCUUUCCAGUCUCAGGCGGGUCUUGUCGGCUCCUGGAUCGGGUUUAUCUUCAAUCUUCUUGUGCUGGUUGCCCAGUUCUGGGUCGGCUUUUCACCUAUCGGUUACAGCGACAUGACUACAGGCGAGCUGGUCGAGAGCUGGUUUUCCGUCUACCUGGCCGCGCCUGUUGUUCUUGUUUUCUACGUCGCUUACAAGUUCUAUUACAAGACGCCCUUCCUGCGUGCUAAAGACAUGGACUUGCACACUGGUCGUCGGGAGUUGGAUAUCCAGCAUCUGAUUGAGGAGGAACGUGCUGAACAGGCCGCUUGGCCUGUAUGGAAGAAGGUUUAUAAGACCUUCUGCUAGAGAUGAUGUGUAGUUCAUAGAAGCUCUCUUCUCUGAGACACGCGUGACGUUCUUGCGGUGUUUUUAAUUUUCAUUUCAGUUUCUGUACAUUCAUGAUGUCACUCUAUCUCGGCUUUGACAGCCUCAAUCCAUGACUGUGUAUCGGGAAAAUAAAUCCGAUAUUGCAGAUCAAUCCAAUCAUCAAG